AUGUUAAUAGAAUUUUAAAUAAUCAAAAUCCAAACAUUCAUAUUACUCCUUACGCACCACAAUUUGAACUUCUCAAUCAUACAAACGUUAAAGUAUUUUUAUCUCAUGCAGGUAAAGGAAGUUCAAAUGAAGCUUUAUAUACAGCAACUCCAGUAUUAUCAUUACCAAUAGCAUUUGAUCAAGUGGGAAAUGCUGAGGCAUUGGAGGCAUCAGGUGUAGCACUAACAUUAUCAAAGCACGAUCUUCAAGUUGAGGAUAUAAUUUUGAAAAUUGAAAAAUUAUUAAAUGAUGAUAGUUUUAAACUUAAUGCCAAAAGAAUGCAAGUAUUAGCAAAGAUUAAUAGUAAGAGAAAGUAUAGGGCUGCGGAUAUGAUCGAAUAUCUUUUAUUGGCAUCUCAAUCAACAUCAGAAAGUGAAGAUACAUUAAUAUCAGAGGGUAUUAAUAAAGAUAAUAUUAGCGAAAGAGAAUUUUCAAAUUCAUAUUUAAGAGAAUUAGUUACUCCAGAUACUAGAAUGGGAUUCAUCCGUGGUCAUUAUAUUGAUGUAUUUGGAACAUUCUUAGCAGGAAUUUUGAUUAUUUCGAUUGCUGUCAUUUGGCUUGUUUG